ACACACGGACACAGAGACCAAAAACCAGACUGUACUGCCAGGAGAAACUCUGAACUACUCCACAGGUUGCUGUCCAGGAUGGCAGGGAUUAAGGAGCAGCAGUUCACGGAGGAGAAGCCCCUGCUGCCAGAGCAGAGAGGAGUGGAGUCAGACAUGCAGGAUAAAGGAGAUGAGGCAUCUGGGGGGGCCCCCUGCCCUGCCAGCCCCGCGCCCCUUAACUACCCCUCUCCCCCCAGCCGCCCCACUCACCGCUGGCAUGUCAUCGCACGGCACUGGCUCCGCCAGACCCGCCGUCGGACCAGCGGGGUCCUCCCGCAGGAAAGCUGUGAACAGCUGAUGCCAGCAGGGGAUUGGAAGGAACAUGAUGUUGAGACCCCUUUUGGGAUGCUGCAUGUGGUGAUCCGCGGAGCGCCCAAAGGAAACAAACCUGCUAUCCUCACCUACCACGAUGUGGGACUGAACCACAAACUGUGCUUCAACACUUUCUUCAAUAAUGAGGACAUGCAGGAGAUCACCAAGCACUUUGUGGUUUGCCACGUUGAUGCCCCAGGACAGCAGAUCGGAGCCUCUCAGUUGCCACAGGGGUACCAGUACCCCACUAUGGACCAGUUGGCCGGGAUGCUGCCCACUGUGGUGCAGCACUUUGGAUUUAAGAGCAUCGUUGGGAUCGGAGUUGGAGCUGGAGCUUACAUUCUGGCCAAGUUCGCUCUGAUCUUCCCUGACCUGGUGGAGGGUUUGGUUCUGCUCAACAUCGACCCCAACGGCAAAGGAUGGAUUGACUGGGCUGCAACCAAGCUGUCAGGUCUGACCAGCACUCUGCCAGAUACUGUGCUGCCACAUCUUUUCAGUCAGGAGGAGCUGAUGAACAACACAGAGCUAGUGCAGAGCUACCGACAACAGAUCAACAACACCAUCAACCAGUUCAACCUGCAGCUCUUCUGGAACAUGUACAACAGUCGUAGGGACCUGGAGAUGAACCGCAGUGGGACGGUGCUCAACGCCAAGACCCUGAAGUGCCCCGUGAUGCUGGUUGUAGGAGACAACGCCCCUGCUGAGGAAGGAGUGGUUGAGUGCAAUUCCAAACUGGAUCCAACCAACACCACCUUCCUAAAGAUGGCUGACUCUGGUGGUCUCCCCCAGCUCACACAGCCUGGAAAGCUGACUGAAGCCUUCAAGUAUUUCCUGCAGGGAAUGGGCUACAUCGCUUAUGUGAAGGAUCGGAGGUUGAGUGGAGGGCCAGUGCCCUCCGCCAGUAUGACCCGCCUGGCUCGCUCCAGGACGGCCUCCCUGACCAGCGCCAGCUCCAUUGACGGGUCCCGCUCUCGGGCCUGCACUCACUCCGACAGCACGGAGGGAGUCGGCACAGUCACCCAGACCAUGGAGGUUUCCUGCUGAAGAGCCAUAGAAGGAAGGAGGGAGGGAGGGAGGGGGUAGAGGGAUGGAGAAGGAAAGAGAGAGACAGGAAGGGGUGAUGGCAAAGAAGAGAUGGGGGGAAUGGUGUAAGGAAAAUGUUUUUUAGAAAGUGAAGGACUGAAGGUGUGAGAGAAGUAGUCAGACAUGAUGGAAAGCUCUCUCUGUCUGCUAUCUUCUUCCCCCCCACUGUAAAAUAUCAUAUGUAUUGCUACUAAAAAAACCCAGCCACACCUUUUAAAUAUCCACUUCACUCCCGCUGCCCAACACUUAAAGAUUUGGGCAACUUUUUGUUCUUGAAGUGUCAUUCUUUUGUCUUCUCAUUCUUUGCCUGCGUCCUUUUUAAACCACUCCCCCUCUCCAACCCCCACCCCCACAAAAAAAAGCUACGAAAAAAGAAAACUAGGAAAGCAACCCUUUCUGUCAAAAGUCCAUACAGCAAUAUGUGACAAAGAGCUGCUGUUAAUAAUGUGAUAUGAGAAGGUAAAGCAAGAUAUGGCACGGAAAAGGAUUAUUUUAGGGGCUAAAAGAGUUAUGCAUCAGUAUUUUGUGAGCAGUUUAUGUUUUUUGUUGUACAGAAGUGUGAGUUUCUCUCUCUGUGUUGUUUGUAUGGGAGUGCUUAUUUCUCUCCAGGAGCGAGAGGAAUCAGAGGGGGUGUGUCCAGAAUUUGACAGACAGCAGAACACAGCCUAUUAUAACCCCAUGCACCCGUAGAGAACAUGUAGUAGCUUUUUUUUAGUCUGUGAGCGUAGAUAGAGUAUACCACACUGUUUUAGAGCUGCACUUGGUAAAAUUGUGUAUCAAACUUGUAAACUAGUCUUUGAAAGCAAAAGAACAGUAUCAUCAGCAUACAUGUGUUUCAUUUGUUAAGGGACUAAUGCACAACAGCACUGUAUAAUAUCAGAAAAGCUUCUAUUAAAAAAAUCAAACUUUGUAAUAAUAAGUUGGGUCUGUGUAGGACCUGAGACAGAGUUUGAGGUUGAACUCUUGUUAUUUCCUGACAGGAAAUUAAACCAAGGCCACCAGUCGCAAGCGAACUGGAACCUAGCCACUACACCACCAGGUAGCUUAGCUGACACAAUUGUGCAGCAGUUUAGUAUCAAAUGAGCAUAAGAUUAUAUAGAUAAGCAGUGUAAUGUAACGAGCAUGCAGAAAACUAACAACUCAGAGGUAGAAUUCAACUUGGAUUCCCAGACUUUAAUCACUCACCUAUAAUCACUCUCUGUGAAAUCCAGUGAGCAUGAAAUUGUCAUACACCAGUAUGAGCUGAAUAGCUUCACGUAUUAUUUUUGUAUGAGGCAUGUAAACUUAGGAAUAGAGUUAUGCUUAAUAGAGGAACAUUACUGGAUCUGUAUUAGUUCAAAUUGCAAAUUCGGAGCACAAUAUAAAAGAUGAUCAUAUUCACACUGAUUGGGACACAACGGAUUUUUAAAAUGUUUGCUAUGUCACUUCUCUGGCUGGGCAGAUAUCCAGAGAAAGCUCCACUGCAUACAGUGUGUGAGCAGCACAGGCAGCACACAUCAGCACAUUGGUUAUUGAAGUUCAAAUUUUCCUCCUAUUUCUGCCAUUUGGAGCCAAACUAGUGCAAUGUUACUGAGCGCAGCUUUAAGCUGUGUGUCAUCUGACAUUUCGAAGACAAUCCACUACAUGAAUAUAGGUUAGAAUAAGUAUUCAUCUACAUAGGCAUGUGAAUGUGAAUGUAAUCAUAGGGCAUUCUAGUAUCUGAGUAGUAGCAAAUAUUAAGGUAUUCUUCAUUAGCACCUUCCGUGUGGAACGUUAAAUAGACACGAGGGUGAAACCACCAUCAUCAGUCUGUGAGGCCACAUUCAGACAGACUUUCACCCUGUGUUACAACAACACAACGGGCUGUGUCGAUGGGUGUGUGUUGUUUCACACAGUGAAAUACAAUGGAAUGGGAAUUUAUGAUUGGCCAACGUGCAAAGCAAACGUCUUCGUGAACGCAGCCUAACUCUAGUGCAUGGAUGUGGUUCUGGCUGUAGUCGGCUCUUUGUGGUCUCUAAUAUGACAAUCACACUCUGACCCAAACCAAACCAGACCAGGGGGACCGAGGCAGAACCGGGCCGACCCGACAAGCCCCUCUUUUCGGGCCGCCGCCAAAGAACUUGCAGCAGCCUUCCCUUACAGAGCCCAGCCCCUUUCUGUGGAUAUACCAAAGCUACCCCCACAUGCACAAAUAUCCACAACCACACACACACACAUGCACACACACACACAUUUUCACACGCUUGCUCAAAUGAAAGUUCCAUGGGCUGGACUUUGCAAGGGAACCAAGCCAAAGAAAAGACAUUAACAAAUAAAUAAAAUUCACACACAGGUAGGAAUCCAAUGCCAUUUGUUCAGUGUGUGUUUUGGUAUAGUGUGUAACCAUAGUUUCACCAGUACAGUACAUGUAUGUAUAGUUUUAGACUAGUGAGGCUGUGUGCUGUUGUCUGCUAUAAUACUGGACCACCUUGUCAAAGGUGAUUGGGUCCCCGGGUAAUGUACCAUAUUCAUGUACCAUAGUCACUUUCUACUGUUUUCAGUUCUACGAAAAACCCUUUGAUACCCUGUCAGAAGGGGUGUAGCUUCCAAUCGCUGAGGUGUGUGCUUUCCUGAGGCGGCCUGUAAGGGGCGGGGCUUUUUUGGAGCCAUUUGGGCGCCAAGCUCGGAAUGUAGGGCAACUCCCAGCCAUCUCGACCCCCCUCCCCCCCAUUGAAAAAAAAAAACAAAACAAAAAAAACCACACACACACAAGGUGCCCCGGCUCUCACAGGCAAGCCCAGCCACCACCUUAAAGGGCUAUCAGCUAACGUCACUUUUUAACUUGUUGGUGGUGUUUGUGGCGUUUCUGUGCACCAGGGGGGCCCAAAGAGCGACAUAAUGAGAGAGAAUACACUUUUUUCUUUUCAUGCAAACACAAAGUGAAGGGAUUGUUACCAAAAACACAGAGAGAGAGAGCUGAAACAUAGUGAACAAAUGAUUGUUAAAGGAAAAGAAUGUGAUUCUGUUGAAGCUGGAGAAAUUAUUGUUGAAUGAAUCGGCGCUGAAGUGUAAAACCGAGAAGUAUCCUGACACGUGAGAAGGUGAGAUUGUGAGAGUAUACUGGUCUGAUAAAACACCUCAGUCACUCCUCUUUUCAUGAACACUGAAGUUUGCAUGUAGCGGAGUUUGUACACGAUAAUCUUUCAGUGUUCUCGUCACCCAGCUAUUUUCUGCCAUCUACACUUUGGUUACCUCAUACAACUCUUCUACUCAAUCUGCCUGGAGGGGGGGUGGGGGGCUCCUGAAUGUAUUUUGUCCCUUUCUGAAGUGCUGUACAGUAUUGUCAACCUCAUCCCCUCAGAUCCCCCUCACUAUGGUUUGUGUUUGUAUCCCUGGCCCCCACCAUCUUCGACAUGUAACCCUGUACAUGAAACCCCAGCUCCUCCCUGCUCCUCCUGAAGGUCUACGAACAGUGAGGUUCAGUAGCAAUUUUUGAAAGUCCACAACUUGCGUUAGCUGGCACUGGAUCCUGGAUUUGCAUAGACCUUGGUCCCCCUUGCACUUGUAGAUACUUUUUAUUUACCUUAUCGGGCAGGUUACCUGAACCGAACACUUUAACACUGCUGUAUUGUGAAGAUCAACAUAUUUCUGUUCUUCUUCCCUUGGAGUUUCUCUUUUUUUCUAGGCAACAAUAGGGUGUAACCUCAUCUUGGUAUAAUGAUAUUGGUUCAUGUGUACUGCUACUAUUCUCCUUCUUACUAACAUUAUGGUUGAUUUGUAUAGAGCAAUAAGUUCUUUUUUUCUCGUCUGGUUUGUUUCAUAUUGUGGAAGUCUUCCCUACGGGCUUGUUUCUAUUCUCGAAAGUGGAAGGACUUUUAACUGCUUUGUUGUCAUUCAGAUGUGUACUGUUAAGUUUAAAUAUAUUCUAUAUAUAAAUACAUAUACAAGGUAAGCCGUCUCUGUCCAUGUACUGAUCAAGUAACAAAUAAGAAAUAAAGAC